AUGGGCUGCGGCGCCAGCACCAAGGUGACCCCGGGGGCGCCCGAGCGGGUCCCGGGCGGGCAGGAGCGCGAGGGCCGCGGCAGCUCCGGGGGCCCCGGGCCGGAGGCGGUGGCCGAGGCGGCUCGCAGGAUGCAGGUGGCCCGCUUCCGCGCCCACUUCCACCCCCGCGUCCUGGCCAGAUACGACAUCAAGGCUCUUAUUGGGACAGGCAAUUUCAGCAAGGUUGUCAGGGUGGAGCAGAAGACCACCAAGAAACCUUUUGCAAUAAAAGUGGUGGAAACCAGAGUGAGGGAAGGCCGAGAAGCGUGUGAUUCAGAGCUCACCAUCCUGAGGCGGGUGAGCCACCAGUACAUUGUUCAGCUCGUGGAGAUCUUUGAGGCCCAGGAUCGAGUUUACAUGGUGAUGGAGUUGGCUACUGGAGGAGAGCUCUUUGACCGACUCAUGACUCAGGGAUCCUUUACAGAGCACGAUGCUGUCAGAAUUCUCCAGAUGGUUGCUGAUGGUAUCAGGUAUCUGCAUGCAUUGCGAAUAACCCACAGGGACCUAAAACCUGAAAAUCUCUUAUAUUAUCAUCCGGGUGCCGAGUCAAAGAUUUUAAUCACAGAUUUUGGUUUGGCACAUUCUGGGAACAAAAGUGGAGACUGGACAAUGAGGACACUCUGUGGGACCCCAGAGUAUGUAGCCCCCGAGAUUUUGCUAAGGAGACCUUAUACCAGUGCAGUGGACAUGUGGGCUCUUGGUGUAAUCACGUAUGUUUUACUUAGCGGAGUCCUGCCUUUUGAUGAUGAAAGCCAUACAAGACUUUACAGGAAGAUUCUGAAAGGCAAAUAUAAUUAUACGGGAGAGCCUUGGCCAAAUAUUUCCCACUUGGCGAAGGACUUUAUAGACAAACUACUUAUUUUGGAGGCUAGUCAUCGCAUGUCAGCCGGGCAGGUCCUGGAUCAUCCCUGGGUGAUCACCAGGGCUGCAGGGUCUUCCAUGAAGAAUCUUCAGAGGGUCAUAUCCAGGAACCUCAUGCGGAGGGCAUCUCCCCACUCUCAGAGUCCUGGAUCUGCACAGUCUUCUAAGUCACGUUCUUAUCACAAAUCAAAGCAUAUGUGGAACAUGAGAAACGUAAGAGUAGAAGAAUCACAACUGUCUGCACUUUUGUGAGCAGAUAACCUCCAAAACCACUUUAACCAAUUUUAAGGCAAAUCUGUUAACUUUAUUAAUAGCAUUAGGUCAACAGGGACCAUUUCAUCACGAUUAAAGCACCUAAAACUGGGGACAUGGGACAUGGGAACAUGGGGUUUUUGUCGGAUAAUGUUGACCUUAACUUAACCAUGUUUUGGUCUGUAUUGCUUCCUAUGUCUAUAUUUAUUCCCCAAAAUAUACUUCUGUAAAAGAUAAUUAAUAUAGUAAAUACUAAAUCUGUUUAUACGAUUAGAAAUAGUAGAAGAAAAACUCUUAAGAAUUGAUGGAUUAAAUAAAAUAUGAGAUAAUAGGGAUAUGAAUGUGAAGAAAUGAUAAAUCAGAGACCUAGCAGGCAUAGUUAGAAAUGGGGAAUAAGUGUAUUUAUAAUGACAUUAUUGAUUUAUACUUAAAACUACUGUAUGGUGUUAAUAACCACUAUGUAAAAAUUACAAAUUUGUUACGCUCAUAUUUAGUCUGCCAAUAUUAAUGGAAAUUGUUAAUUAUGGGGCAUAUAAAGAAACUUAGUUGGCAACAAAACCAAAAAUGAAACAGUGGAACUAUCUCAAACUAAAAAUCUUCUGCAUAGCAAAGGAAACAAUUAACAAAAUGAAAAGGCAACCUAUGGAAUGGGAGGAAAUAUUUGCAAACCACAUAUCUGAUAAGAGGUUAUCUCCAAAGUAUGUCAAAAACCCCUAAGACUCAUUAGUAAAAAAACCAAAAAACAAACUAACAGCCUGAUUUGAAAAAAUAGCCUAAAAAUUUGAAUAGACAUUUCUCCAAAGAAGAGAUCAAAUGGCUAAUGAUAUCUCUUUGCACCUGUCAGGGUGGCUAUUAUAAAAAUAAAUAAAUAAAUAAAUAAAUAAAUAAAUAAAUAAAUAAAAGACAGCAAUUGUUGGUGAGAAUGCGGUUAAAAGGGAACCCUUGUACACUCUG